ACCUAGGUUGCAAUUGGAGCGUAGAGUCACUAGACAGAAUUCUGCUGCCACCAUAAGCUUAACCGCCUCAACAGAAGAAGCAUUAGCAACUGUACAAACUGAGAAUUUGAACCCUACUGCUGAUGAAGAUGAAUUGGUUGAAGUUACAGAGCAAGUACGAAGAGGAAGAAGUAUGGGGAAAGAUUUAGAUAGGAUAACCAGAGGGUUAGGAAGCAAAAUAUGUAUCCAUGUUUCUGAAGGGAAGAGAAGGCCGGCGGUACCACUCCAAGCGGCAAAGCUUGCGUCAGAGGCUGGAAUUGUACUUAGACAACAUGUACCAAUCUUUCCUCAUUGGAAGCAUUACAAGAAGAAUGAUCUUGAAAUGGAUAACUAUAUUGGCAAAGUUGCUGGACAAUUUAACAUGGACACUGACAACAAGGCAGUGAAAGAUGCAUGUAUUGACUUGUUAAAGGGUGGACAACGUCAAAGGAGGUAUAACUUAAAAUUGAAGUACUUCAAUGGGUUAUCACAAGAUCAGGUGCCGAGAACAUCACCAGUGGCUUGCAUGAGUGAUGCACAAUGGCUUGAAUUGGUGGCCAUGUGGUCAAAGGAAGAACACAAGGAGAAGUGUGCAAAAAACAAAAUUAAUCAUGAGUGCGUCCAAUAUCAGCAGCGCACAGGUUCACGGUGCUACGAGGCACAAGCUUAUGUUGCGAAACAAGAAAGAUUUAAAGAUUCAACGCCCACUGCAAUUGACCUCUUUAAGGAAAUGCAUUGCAGCAGGAAAAGAGAUUUCAGUGAGCAAGUAAAGCAAGCUAUUGUUGAUAUGGAAUCAAUUAUUGAUGAAUCUAUAGAAAAUGGAGAGCAGCAGAAGACUUGUAUUGAAGCUGUCUCUCAAGUUCUAUCCAAGAAUAGCACCUUUCUUGAAAAUUUGGGUCUUAAGAAAGUAUCUCGGAAAAAAUCCAGAAUUGAUGUUUCUUGUCACGUUGAACGUCUUCAGUUUGAACUAGAUGCUAAGACACAAGAAUCAGCAGGACUCCGUCAAGUAGUUGACGCUUUGACAUCAAAAACAGAUGAACAGUCGCAAGAAAUUGACGACUUCAAGAAGUCAUCAGCUGAGACAAAUGCUUUGCUUCGUCAACUAAUUUCCUUUAGUGCUGGUGGGUUCAAUGGAACAAACUAAAGCUAUGAUGCAUAGAGCAAAGGCAAAUUGGUAUGUAAGAUUUGUUACCUCCUUACAAUUGUGUAUGACUCUUAGCUGUUUAUGAAGUGGUUGAGAAUGAUGAUUUCCUUAGACGUUGUCUUAUAAUUUUCUUUGUGUUGAAUUUGAUCGGUUUGUUACAUGCUGUUUGUGUGAGUUUGGGAAGGGGGUACAACUCUACAUACAUGCAUGAUGAGUGUGAUCUGUUGGUUAUGCACUUAAUGAUUUGUGGGGAAAUGAAUGGCGUCACUUGUCAAUUCCUGGCCACUUAUAGCUGGCAUUUCAUUACCUCCUUUUCUCUGUCCAGCUCUAUAAGGUUCAGCUUAAACUUGUCGAUUUUGUGUGUCCAGCUCUAUAAUGCAAUGCUGAACUAUUCGUUGAUAUUAUCGUGAUGAUACCUGUGGCACUAUUAAGGACAGCCGCAAUAUAUAGUACUAUCUUGAUUGAUAAUGCAUGCCGAGUGUAGAAAUAAGCUGCAGUUUUAUACAAUGAGUAUGGACCUGAGUGGAACAUUUUUCUCCUAUAGCUUCGGACUGAUAUAUACAAUUCACUUGAUACUUAUUUUAUUCUGAUUAAUACAUGUGUUUUCAGGUUGCAUAGAAGCAAUCAUUUUGCAGCACCAUGGGGCUUCUUUUGGACACGAUUCAAGUAGUUUGCGUGGCAACAUGAAGUCGUCGUUGUGACAUGGAAUUGAGUCAGUUUUUGAGAUAUAUUUGGCUGUUGGCAAUGAAUUUGUAAUCCUUAAGUCAACUUUUGAAUGAAUA